AUGAGUGUCUCUGGAUCUCAUUCACCAUUCAUUGCUAAUACUCCAACACCAAUAAUUCAAAAUAACUCUAUCCCUCAACAAACUCUCGAUGCCAACAACAAUAAUAACAAUAACAACGUUAUAACUGGCGACGAUAAUAACAAUAAUAAUACAUUCUCAAAUAUAAUACCUGUUCCUAUUAAAGUUUCAAGACAACAGUCAAAUGCUAUCCUUUCCAAUAAUCACAAUCAAAGACAUUUACAAUAUUCUUUAAAUAAUUUAAAUGUCUUCAAUCAAAUCCCAAAAGAUAAUAUUUCAACCGCUGGUGUAGAUAGUCUUUCCCGAUUUAAACUAGCAUUAUUAAGUGGGAUCCCCGAAGAAAUUAAAUGGACAUUGAAAAAAUAUUUAGUAUAUAGUACUAAAGCUCCAUACAUGAUUAGUUUGAAAAAUUUACCUGAUCUUUUACAACUAUUUAAAAAUUUAAUAUUAGACUUGAUGCCAAUAAUUGAAAAUUUUAAUCAACCUCUAAUUAAUGACAUGAAUGAUAAAUUACAAAUUGGAAUAACAAGUCUCUUAAUAUUAAGGAAUUUAGCUCAAGAUACUGAGUCCAUUCAAGUUCUUGUAGCAGAUGAAGAAAUUAAAAAUUUCAUAUUGUUUGUAUUGACAAAAUUUCAAAUGAUUUCAAAAGGUGAUCCAAAUUGGCAAUUGUGGGAAUCAAAUUCUUCUUAUUUUAAUGAAUUGAUUCAUUACACUAUAGAUUUAAUGGAAGGCAUAUCAUCAUAUAUUGCACCGGCUAAGAAAAAUAAUCCAUUCUUUCAAACAUUGGUAUCCGCUUUGAAUUUCACCAAAGACAGAUAUAUGGUCAUUUCAAUAUUAAGAUCGUUAUCAAGAUUAUUAGUUAGAUCAAAAGCUGACGAGGAAAGUGCUGCAGAUGAUUUACAUGAAAAGAGCUUAAAUUUAAUUGUUUCAUUCUUAUUGAUUGAGAAGGAUAGUGAAUUAAUUAUCGCCUCCUUGGAUUUCUUAUACCAAUACAUGUUACCAGGUAAUGAAAGAAUUUCAGGUUUAUUUGACAACGAGGAAAGAUAUUCAAUAUUUACUACAAUGUUACCUAAGUUAUUAACUUACAAUGUCAAAUUACCAAAUUAUUCAGCAUUAAACGAAACAAAUAUUAAAUUAAUUACAAGAGUUAGACCACCUCCUCCUACUACGCCACCACAUUUACCAGAAAAUUUAUUUAAACAAUUAUUAUUAUUAAAUGAACCAAUGAGAUCCACUGCUUGGUUAAGAUGUUGUUUUGAACCAGUGGAAGAUGCUGAAUUUACUCAAAUAGCUCUUUGGAGGGCAUAUGAGGCCAAAUUCUCUCAACCAAUACGUGAAUCUGGUAGGAAACUAUUAGCUGCAGUGGAAUUCAUUAAGAAUGUUUCUAAUGCGUUCCAUGACGCGUCAGCAAUGGUCAUUGUGGAUCAAGUAACUGGUAAGAAAAGAUUUGUUAUUAAGGGAAUUCAACCAAGAGAAAAGGCAAUAAGUAUUAAAGAAGGUGAUAUUGCUUCCAGAAACACAUUAGUUGGAUUGACGAGCAAAUUCUUAGAUGAUCCAUAUAAUUUAACCCCGUCAAAGCAAUUAAAUUUACCUUCCAUUGAUUUCCCAACUGAAUUGUCUGAUGUAUCUAAAGUGGCAACGACAUUCCUAUGUUUGGUAUCAAAUGAUACUAAAGGUCCAGGUGGGAAGUUUUGUAAAGAAAUUAAACCAUUAAUAUUCCAUAGGUUAGUUGAUGUUCCACCAUUGAUCUCUCUUCUCUCUGAAUACAUGGAUAAUACACCUAAUGUAUGA